CAGACUGAAAUGAAAGGGUGGGGUGUGAGGGACAGAUAAAGCAUGUUACAUAAUAUCUCCAACAGCAGUUCAAAGAACAGUUCACUGGGUUUAUAAGUAGAGCUAGUGUCUGCUUCUCUAAAAUCAGAAGGUAUACUGGUCAAGUGUGUGUACUGGGAACUGACUUCAGUCAUGGCGGAUGCUUUGUCCUUCCUGGAAGAGGAUUUGACAUGUCUCAUCUGUUGUGAGGUCUUCACCGAUCCGGUCACUCUGAAGUGUAGCCACAGUUUGUGUGAGAAAUGUCUCCAGCGUUUCUGGACGACUCAAGAUGUGCCGCGGUGUCCGGUCUGUCGGAAGGAAUGUUCUCACGACGAACCCACCAAGAGCCUGGCGUUCAGAGCACUCUGUGAGUCCUUCAAGAAGAGGAAACCCUCCGCUGUUUCAGCAGACGUUUGUCCAGAACAUGAAGAAAAGUUCAAACUCUUCUGCUUUGUGGACAAGGAGCCAAUCUGUGUGGUCUGUUACACAUCAAAGAAGCACGAAGAUCACAAGUGUUCACCUGUCAACGAGGCUGCUGGGAAUUUAAAGGAGGAUCUCAAGACACAAAUGAGCAGAUUACAGACGAUACUCGGUGACCUCAAGAAAGCCCACGAGAGCUGUGUUAAAAAGGUUGAGAUCAAUAAGGAAUGCAUCAGUAUGGAUGAAACCCAGAUAAAGGAGGAAUUUGAGAAGCUCCGUCAGUUCCUUAAAGACGAAGAGGAGAAAUGGAUCAGAUCCUUGCAUAAAAAAACAAAACUUCAAGAUGAGAAACUCCAGGCGAGAAUGAAGGAGCUCACCGCACAGAUAUCAGAUCUGUCUGAGAGGAUGGCUGCCGUCUGGCAGGAAAUAGAAACUGAAAACAUCACAUUUCUCCAGAAUUACAGCAAUACUUUAAAAAGACUCCAACACCCAUCAGUAGCAAACACAGUCCCUGAACUACAGGAAUAUCAGCACUAUCCCAUUCAGACAAUGAUCUUCACCACAUGGGUCAAAAUGCAGAACAUUGUGGAACAGCCUCCUGUGACUCUGGACCCAGACACAGCAUCCAGUAAACUGCUGGUGUCAGAGGAUUGCACCAGUGUUCACUACGUGGAAAAUAAAAUGAGUGUGUUUGAUAACCCAGAGAGAAUGAAUGUGGGAGUGCUGGGCUCACAGGGCUUCAGCUCAGGUGUGCACUGCUGGGACGUGCAGGUAGAAAACAACAGUCACUGGACGCUGGGAGUGGUGUCAGAAAAAGUAGACCGCAAAAAAAAUUACACAUUGUAUCCGAAGAAACAUUUUUGGUGUUUUCAUUACAUGAAUUCUACAUACAAGCAAGGAAAUGAUCCUGUCAGCAAUAUUGAUAGCAAUGAGAGGCCAAAUAUCAUCCGACUGCAGCUGGACUUUGAUGAAGGAGAGCUCAGAUUCAUCGACCCUUCCAGAAAUAGGAUUUUGUGCACCUACACUGGUAGAUUUCCAGAUAAAGUUUUCCCAUAUUUCUGUACUGAAGAUACGAUCAGCCCACUUAACAUUUUCUUUUCAAAUAAACCAAAAUUGUAAACCACAACAUUUCUUUUAUAUAUGUUGUGAUUUGUGCACGACACGUGCCAAGAUAAUACUCAAAUGCAACAUGACUUGAGUGUUUUUAGGGCCACUGUAUAUCAGGCUAAGUGAUUAUUUAAUCAUGUAAUGUUUAAGUGUACAGGGUGAAACAUUAUAAAUAUAACAAAUGAUUUAAUGUGAUUAUCAAUCAAAAAAAUAAAUAAAGGCUUUUUGGUGUACUAAUGUGAUAUUAUUGACUUGUAAGUAAAAUACAGUGUGGUGCUGUCACCUCUGGCAGAUAAUUGUUGGGUGGUGUUGGUGUUCUAGUGGAAUUCCUCGUAAUUGUAUUGUGGAGGAUGACAUAUUCCUGCAACAUCUGCAAUGGUGAAGUUCUCAGGCUGUGAAUACAAGUAAACCAUAAACUGUAAUAAAUAGCCUACCUGAGAGAGGGUGUUGUCAAUGUAAUCCGCUUCAUACAGUCCAGUUUUAUUUAUGCAAUGACUCUAGUAAAUCGUUUCAUAAAAUUACAGCAUAUGUUAAGAAAUUUCUGCUAUCACUAAUUUUUCAUAAUGUAGAAUUUAGCUAGUAAGUUAACUGAUGGUAAAUACUAACUUGUGUACUGAAAUUGUUAGCCUGAAGAGGUAACCAUACCAACCCCAGCAGUUUUCCUUCAUUAUUUAACGGAAUAUAAACAAUACCUAAACACUGUGAUAAUUUAUCACUUUAUUAUAUGUAAAUAUCAUAAAUGUAUCACCAAAAAAAACAGGUCUGUAAUUAAAAUAACUGAUUUUUGGCUAACUGUGCUUGGCUAACAACACUGUAAAGAAUUAAGACUGCAUAGGUCUAUAGUAGAUUCCUCCAGAAAAUGUACUCGGUUACUAACAUAACCUCGGUUCCCUGAAAUACGGGAACGAGUACUGCAUCAAAGACCCUAUGGGAAAACAAAUCUAGGUUACGUAUGUAACCCUAGUUCCUCGAGGGAACGAGACGCUGCGUCGAAACGCUAUGGGGAAUGUGUUUAUCAUGAGCGACUAUGAAUAUCAUAUCUACAUGUCUUAUAGAAGAGCGUGACGUCACAGGCGGGGUGACGUAAGCAAUCAGGAAGCUAUAAAGGCACGAGCCGCGCAGCCGGCAUCAGCUUUGAGUAUCAGCAAGGGUUACAUACGUAACCUAGAGACGUUCCUCUUCAGGAACUCGAGCUGCGUCAAAACUCUUUGGGGAACGAGUACCAACGCUGCCAGAUUACCAAACCCCUACCUAGUGUGUAUCCGAAAAGCACAGCUUAGGACGAGAGGACUGAAGUGCCUAGAGUGACUGGCAUGUCUAAGCCAUAGAAUCGUGCAAAAAUAGAAGGUGUGGACCACCCCGCAGCAUUGCAGAUGUCCAGCAUGGACACACCUACUAGAAAGGCCUUGGAGGCU